AGACAAGAUUGCAGCCAGCACACUGGGGCAUACAGACGAAGCAAGAGUGUGUGAAUAAAACUAAAUAAAGAAACGAAACACUUGGGUGUACGAGAGGCAGAGCCCAGAGCAGAGGAGACAGGAGCACAGGGAAGGAGGAGGAGGGUGAGAAAGAGUCAAAGAGAGACACAGGGAAGAGGAAAGAGAGAAGCAUCAGAGGUUCUUUCGGAAGCCCUUCGGACUCAGCCUCAAGCAGACAUGCCUAACUUUGCCGGCACCUGGAAGAUGAAGAAAAGUGAGAAUUUUGAUGAACUUCUCAAAGCCUUGGGAGUGAACACCAUGCUGAGGAAGGUGGCUGUGGCAGCGGCCUCCAACCCCCACGUGGAGAUCCGUCAGGACGGUGACAAGUUCUACAUCAAAACAUCAACCACUGUGCGCACCACCGAGAUCAACUUCCACGUCGGUGAAGAAUAUGACGAGGAGACCGUGGAUGGACGAAAGUGCAAGAGCCUCCCCACCUGGAUGUCGGAGAACAAGAUGUACUGUAAGCAGACUCUGGUGGAUGGUGGCGGCCCCAAAACCUUUUGGACCCGAGAGCUCAACGGCGAUGAGCUCAUACUGACUUUCGGGGCAGACGACGUAGUGUGCACGCGGAUUUACACCCGGGAAUGAAGCCCCUUAACCUUCAUCAGGACAAGACAGACGCCCAGUUGGACCACAACAACACGUUAAACCCCAACAACACUCUGUCAUGCUAACACGCGCGAAACGCAUUUGCAAAGUAUCCUGUGUAAUCUCUCAGCAUCAGUCUGCAUAGUCUCCACAAACUAUAGCAAUGUCUCUGUAAUCUGGUUUUCUUGUAGUGAGUAUUGUGUCUGCAGUACAGUAGCUGGAUAUCUCAGUGUCCAUAUCUGCAACCCUGGUGUCAGCUGUGUACGUAGGAUUUAGUCAUCAGUUGCAUUGAUUAAGUAUUCAUGUUUAGAUGAAAGGAAACAAUAAAAACACGGAACAAACAGUA